GUGGGCUGAGCGUCGGAAUCUGACGACAGAGUGGGCUGAGCCCUCGGGCCGAGGGAGCUCUUACAUUCUCCUCAAUGACUACAUUUGCUCGUGCAGUUCCCAGCAGCAGCAACAGUGUGGUGCUCUGGCUCUCCAGCUCUGCCUGGCAGCUGAAAUCUCCAGCUCGCUGAACAUCUGCAAGACAAACUUCCCAUGUUCUCCUGUAUCUGAAUGCUGCCUGACUGCACCGGGAACAUGGGCACGGGGGAUUAUCUCUGCAUUGCUAUGAGCGGAGGGGCGCCUUGGGGCUUUAGACUGCAAGGUGGCAAGGAGCAAAAGCAGCCUUUGCAGAUCGCCAAGGUUCGCAGCAAAAGCAAAGCAGCCAAGGCUGGGCUGUGUGAGGGGGAUGAGGUGGUGUCCAUCAAUGGCAAGCCCUGUGGAGACCUGACCUAUGCUGAAGUCAUUGUUCUCAUGGAGAGCCUGACUGACGUCCUGCAGAUGCUUAUCAAGAGAUCCUCCAGUGGAAUAAAUGAAACCUUGAGUGCUGAAAGAGCAAAUGGAAAGCCCGAGAACAUAAAAAAUGAGGACUAUAGGGAGAACACCACACUGCAAAUUAACACAGCGAAAGAGAUACCCCGUGGAGACUUAUGCAUCACAGAGAUAUACAGUGGGACUCACCAGGGAGCAGCAGAAAGCAACGUAAACUUUUCUGAGACAAAACAAGAGACCACACAAAGCCACAGAAUUACUCCUAAAGUGAUAGGCACCUCCAAAGUGCUCGUGGCAGACGAGGCUGCUCUCAGAGGGAAGACAGAAGAAAGAAGGCCAGGGACUGUGGUUGAGCUGCAGUUGUCCCUCUCCAAUGACACCCACAAGGGCACCAGUGCUCCUGCUGUGACUCUCCUGGGAGCAGAGAAAUGCCCCCCUUCAGCAAGAGGAGCCAGUGUACAACAGGAUGGGACCAGCCCCCUCAUCACAAUUCCCCUGGGUGUGAAAGAGGGCAACGUCCAGUGGUCAAACAAAGUAGUCCAAUUUUCCAGCAGCAAAGAGGUCAAGAGGAUCCAAGGUGCAGUUCCAUCUAUCCCCAGGGUGGAGGUGAUCUUAGACUGUUCAGACAGGGAGCAGGAAGCACCCAGGUCUCUGUCUGAAAGGGGGUGUGUUGAUUCUCAAGCAGAAGGAGGGCAGUCAGAAGCACCUCCUUCCCUCCUCUCCUUUGCAGUCUCACCAGAAGGCACAGAGCAGGGAGAAGACAACAAGCCCUCGGAAAAGGAACACAGACCUCUCAAGCACAGGGCAAGGCACGCAAGGCUCCGACGAAGCGAGAGCCUGUCAGAGAAGCAGGUCAAGGAAGCCAAAUCUAAAUGUAAAAGUAUUGCACUGCUGCUAACAGCAGCUCCCAACCCCAAUUCCAAGGGGGUGUUGAUGUUCAAGAAGCGCCGCCAAAGGGCGAGGAAAUACACUUUAGUGAGCUACGGGACUGGGGAGUUAGAACGGGACGAAGACGAGGGUGAGGAGGGCGAAGGUGAAGAGGGGGACAAAGAAAACACCUUUGAAGUGAGUUUGCUUGCAACCAGUGAGUCAGAAAUAGAUGAAGAUUUCUUCUCUGACAUUGAGAAGGACGGUAAGGUUGUGACCUUUGACUGGGACAGUGGUCUACUCGAGGUUGAGAAGAAGACAAAGAGUGGAGAGGAGAUGCAGACGCUCGCAGACAGCACAGGGAAAGGGGCCCUCAUGUUUGCCAAGAGACGGCAGAGGAUGGAUCAGAUUACGGCUGAGCAAGAGGAGAUGAAGGCCAGCACAGUGCAGACAGAGGAACACAGGGAAACCACCGUGACAGAGAACUUCCAGAAAGUAAGCUCUUCAGUCUAUCAAUCAAAGGAGGAGGAAACAUCGAGACAGCAGACCUGCGUGAGCAAAAGCUACACAGACGUGAGCCAGAACCACAGCAAAAUGGUGCAACAAAAUGGCUUUGGCUUAGCACCAGGCACAAACCUCCCUUUUCAGUCCUCUGGAGCCCCCAGAGCACCAUCUUUGAAUAUAACAGCUAAACCCUUCCCUUCUGGGGUUCAAAACCGAGCAGCUGCACCAUUUUCACCCGUAAGAAAUGUCACCAGUCCUCUUUCAGAUGCAGCAGCGCCGCCUCCCUACUGCUCUGUCAGCCCACCAGCCGAGGCCUUCUACAGACCUGUCUCAGCUCCUGUGGCCAGCAAGGCUGCCCCAAACAUGUGGGCACCCACGGAGCCCACGGAACACAUAGCAUCCAGGGAUGAAAGGAUUGCUGUGCCAGCCAAAAGAACUGGCAUACUGCAAGAGGCAAAGAGAAGAAGCACUUCAAAACCCAUGUUCAACUUCAAAGAUGCACCCAAAGUAAGUCCCAAUCCCGCCCUGUUGUCCCUUGUACACAAUUCAGAGGGCAAAAAAGGUGCUGGAGCUGGUUUUGAGUCAGGACCUGAAGAAGACUACCUCAGUUUGGGAGCAGAAGCUUGCAAUUUCAUGCAGACUCAAGCAUCUAAACAAAAGGCCCCUCCUCCUGUUGCUCCAAAACCUUCACUCAAGGUCUCUCCCUCUGCCGGUGCUCCAGUUUCACCGGUUUGGUCACCUUCAGCUGCGGCUGCUAACAAGGCUCCUUCUUUCCCAGCACCAGCCUCACCUCAGGCAGCAUAUCCCGCACCACCGAAAUCUCCACAGUAUCCUCAUUCUCCCGCCCAUCCCCCAAGUACUCUCAACUUAGCUGGUCCUUUCAAAGGGCCCCAGGCGAGCCUGGCAAGUCCCAACUAUGCCCCAAAGCCAACCCCAGUCACACCAAGUGCCGGGGAAACGAAGCCACCCUUUGAGAUGCCACCGGCCAUGAGUGGGAAAGGAGCACAGCUGUUUGCCAGGAGGCACUCCCGGAUGGAGAAGUAUGUGGUGGAUUCAGAGACUGUGCAGGCAAACAUGGCACGAGCCCCAUCUCCAACUCCAUCUUUGCCAGCUUCUUGGAAAUACUCAUCCAAUGUCCGAGCGCCUCCACCUGUUGCUUACAAUCCCAUCCACUGCCCAUCUUACCCUCCUGCUGCUUCCAAGGCUUUCUCCAAGUCUGCUGCUGCCGCCACCAAAAAUACAAAAAGAAAACCUAAGAAAGGUCUCAAUGCUUUGGAUAUUAUGAAACAUCAACCUUAUCAACUCGAUCCCUCUUUAUUUACUUUCCAACCUCCUAAGGAAAGCCUUGCCAUGAAGCAGACAUCGAAGCUGCCCCCUUCCAAGCAAGCUCUACCUUUGCCUACCUUCCUCCCACCCGGUGCUGGCUCUCCCACCAGAGCCCGACCAUCUUCAGUGUACUCCGUGCCAGCCUACGGUUCCCAACCUCCGUUCCAGUCAAAUGCCUCUCUCCCAGUAAACGAAUCAUAUUCACCUCCAGGCUACUCUGCAUUUUCUAAGCCAGAAACCACCACCCCCUCUUUGUUUACUGCUCCGAGGCCAAAAUUUUCAGCCAAGAAAGCUGGAGUCACUGCACAGGGAAUAAGCAGUGGCCGCUCAUUAUCACUUCCUGGGAGACCUUCUGCGUUCACCCCUCGAGCCAUGUCUCCUACUUCUCCUCUUAUAUUCCAGCCUGCCCCUGAUUACUUCAGCAAGCCAGACACAGCAGCUGACAAGCCUGGCAAAAGACUGACUCCCUGGGAAGCAGCAGCACGAUCUCCCCUUGGCCUGGUGGAUGAAGCUUUUGCCCCCCAAAACAUGCAGGAAUCCAUCGCUGCCAACGUGGUAUCGGCUGCCCGCAGGAAAAUACUUCCUGAGCCACCAGAGGAAUGGAAACAAAAGGUUUCUUAUGAGCCUCCAGCCCCAAGUGGUAGUGUAGCCUUGCUGGGGGGGAAGCAAUCAGGUGUUUUGUCACCCCAAAAAAGCUCCCUGUCUGCCCUCAGUGCCCCCUCCCAGGCUGGCUCCCAGCUGCAGUAUCCUUACUGCACCCAGCGCUCCCAAACGGAUCCUGAUAUAAUGUCCAUGGAUUCCAGGUCUGACUAUUGCUUGUCAACAGCUGAUUCAAACUACAACCCACAGCCAAGGGGAUGGAGACGUCCAACAUGAGCAGCUGAAGGGCCUGGUGUGUUUUGCCUUCUUCCAGCUCUAAAAGUCUUAAGAUUUGAGUUGGAGAAGGAAGGUUUCUUGCUGGCCUGAGGAUCUCCGAACUAAAGAAAUGAGGAGGCAAAAUUGACUGGAGCACAGUUUUCACGUGACUGCAGAGCUUGCAGCCUCUAGAAUAGACUCAGUUUUACACCUAGGAUUGUUCUGUUUGUCAAAAGGCAAAAAUACACAUUUCUUGGGGUGAAGGGGAGGGGAUGAAAGUGGGGCGAUCAAUGUGAUUGAUGCAAAAAUCUGGAAAGGAUGUAGAAGGUGACAGUACAAGGGCUUGCAGUUGAGCUAAUGUGAAAAAAAAAAAAAGGUAAAAUAAGGGCAUUUUAAAGGCAAAAAGUAUUUCACAAGACCUUGUAGGUUUUCUAGGUAUGUUUGACAUAAGUUCCAAGGUACUAAAUAUAGUCAGAUUUGAAAAAGUUCCAAUGGAAGUGGAAUACUUCAGAGCACUGGCUUAUUUGCCAUAUGUUUUCUUUACUGUGUUUUUAUAAUGAGCUAAGAAAGUAGAUCAGUGGAUAUUUUUACUGUGGCAACAGCUAAAAUACAUCUGUGGUCAUGGUACCUGAACCACCACAAUAUGUAGAUACAGGAAAUCUUCCACAGACCCCCAUUUCAGAUGGAUUCCAAGACAGUUUGGAUGCAGUUUUACACACUGUAAUUAAUCACAGGAUCUGAAAGCACCAGGAAGGAAGGAGUUGUGAGCAGAGGUCAGUACCAUGAUACUUGAACAACAAAAUAGCUGAGGAGUGUAUUUAAACUGGAUUGCAAGUGAAUUCUGCAAUAAACUAUCGAACAAGCGAGAGGCUGAACAGACUUUAUUUCUCUGUGAAAUGCACUAAUUGCUGAGCAUUUACUGCUGCAGUGCCUCCUAAUGGGACUGGCUGGGCAGUUAUCUGUAGGAACUAAGCAGCUCAAUGUUUAGAAAGCUUUUAGGUUGUGUUCUCAGUUUGGAAGACAUAGAUUUAUCAAGGACAGUAUCUGUUCUGUGUAGAAAAUGGUAUGUGAGAGAGGGCUUCUGACAUGUGCUACAUGGUGAGAGUCUAGUACAAAUAGUAAAUAUUUGGAUGGCUGGUUAUACUGAAAUGAUCUUGAUGGGCCUGAAGAGAUGGUGAAUAAUUUGUGCUGGUGAUAAAUACCUUGCAUUUACAGCUUAUUUAAACAAUAGAAGUAUGUGGCUAAAAAUAUAUGUAUUCAAGCUUAUUUGGGUAGUUUAGAGGUUGUUAAAGCAUUAAAUGGACACUCCAAGUUUUGCAAAGUGCUGUUAGUCCUUGUUUGUGGGAAAUUCUUCAAGGAUCUGUCGAGCACAGUCAACUAAAAUCACUGCAGAAGAACAGUUAACUAUCCUUAGUUUCAGCAAGGUUGUCAACUAUGAGUGAAGUAAUUAGAUCAGAAAGAACUAAAACAUACAUGCAGUAAGAAAAAACAUAUUACAAAACAUUCCCAUCUGCAAAGAUUUUUUUCCCUCGUAGCAAUUAUAAAAUAUAAUUGUGAGGAAGGAAAAAGGAAAAUUAAAUCCAAGUUCAGUUGAGCUGGAAUUUCCCAUAAAAGCAAAUAAUUACAUGAAAAAUAUACCCCUAAUGAGUUUAAGUUGGCAGUAAUUCUCUAGUCAACCAGAAGUCUCCCUGAAAUCAACUGAUCCUUCCGACCAAGCAGGAAAUGUAGACAUGAGAGCUGUGAUCCUUUAGACCAUGAUUACAUUGCUAGAGCACCUUACAGAUUUAUUUCACAAAAUAUCAAUUUGCAGCUUUAAGGUACAUGUAAUUAAAAUUUGCCAAAAGUGUCUUUAAACUUUGAUAUUGCAAGAAAAAGUUAUGAUAUGUACUGAUAUUAAAAAGGCUUUAAUGCUGUGACCACAUGGCAAUACGUGAAAACAUACUCUAGGAUGAAGCCUUAAUUCUCCACUCAAAAUAUGCAACAAACGUGUAAGCAAAGAGUUUCAGACAGAAUUACUGCCUUUCUGUCAAUCUCCCGAGAAAAACAAAGUGUAGCCUUAUAAUUUUCUUCUAUUCACAAGAAGGAACUCAUCACUGAGUAAUUCUGUGAAAGUGAGAAUUCCUGACAUUGAGUUUCAUGUCCCCUUGGUAGCUAAAUCAUAGAUUAACUUGGGUGUUUAACAUGACCUACUACAGAUUUUUUUAUUUCUCCUCCUGUUGAGGAUUUGCCAGCUCUCUUUCCCAUGUGGAUUCUCUCAUAUCUAAUAGGGAAUGAGUUCACACUGCAGCAUUUCCCUCAAUAGCAACACUGGUAAGUGGAUCUGGCCUCCACCCAGCUGUCUAUUUUUACAAAGUCUGUGGGCAAUAGAUUGUCUUGGAGAUCUAUUCCUCUGCCCCACAGAAAUGAAACUAAUAAACAUUUUUGGAGUUCUCAGUGGGAGGACAGACAUACAGACAGGCAUGCAGACAGAUCACACAGCCUUGUUUAGAAGGAAAUCAGGCUAAAUCCAGGCUGAGACCACGGACUGACUUCAAAGGAAGCAGCAGGUCCGGACCAGUAAAUGAAAUAUUAAUGCAUCAGAGUUUUAUGAAGGACCCCACAGCAUUUUUCACUUUCUGUUCUUCACCCCAUUCCUCCACUAGCAAAGCCUCUUUCUAUCAAAUAGUUGUGACUGUUGUGCGUGAGUUCUGAAUAUAUUAAUGCAAUUACUUCUUACGUUUGUUUUGGAAUGCACAGAUCUGCUCAGUAAAUGUGAGGAAAAAGUUCUCUUGAUAUUGGCUUUGUGUUCACCCUCAGAGGUGCCUCUGUUAAUAACAUGCAGAGCAUUUGAAUACACAAUAUAACUGAAAAUUUAGUUUCUUUAGUUAUGUUAGGUGAUGAUGUUCACAACUCUUUGUUCAUACUUUGUUUUCAUUUUGGUUUGCUUUGACACCAAAUAUCUACUCACGUUGCAUUUCUGCCUAGUAGCAAAGGCUGUGUUAUCUUUAUAAAAGACUUUUCACUUCUAAAGACUUUUGCUCACUGCAAAGGACACUUUACUUGAGCCUGCAUGCCAGAGAUGUAAAUUGUAUCAUAUAAUAA